UAAAAUACUGAAAAGUGAAACCCGAAGAGAAGAAGAAGAAGAGGGUUUAAGCUCACACAGAAUCAUCAAUGGACACCUUAAGACAAUUGGCCAUUGGCUUCCCGGGUCCUCGGCUGGCCCCGCACCCUCUCCCGAGAAAAUUCCAGAAGCUCUACCCAUCUAGCAAUGGCGCCGGUUCUUCCCGUCCGACCACCUGCUUUGCCAGCCGAUGGGCGGACCGCCUCCUUGCCGAUUUCAAUUUCGUCGGCGAUUCUUCGGAUCAGAAUCACCACCAUUACUAUUCUUCUCCCUCUGCUACCGCUACUCUCGCUCCUCCAUCGCCACUACUUACUCCCCCAGAACGCCACGUAUCCGUUCCACUGGAAUUCUACCAGGUUCUUGGCGCCGAGACUCAUUUUCUUGGCGAUGGCAUAAGGAGGGCUUACGAUGCUAAAGUUUCGAAGCCACCUCAAUAUGGAUUCAGCGAAGAUGCAUUGCUUAGCCGAAGACAGAUUCUUCAGGCGGCCUGUGAAACCCUAGUCGACCCGAGCUUACGGCGAGAGUAUAAUGAUAGCCUUGUUGAAGAUGAAGAGGGAACAUUGCUCACCCAAGUCCCUUGGGACAAGGUUCCCGGAGCUUUAUGCGUUUUGCAAGAAGCGGGAAAAAUCGAGCUAGUUCUUCAAAUUGGCGAAAGUUUGCUUAGAGAGAGGCUGCCAAAGUCGUUCAAACAAGAUGUGGUUUUGGCUAUGGCCCUCGCGUAUGUUGAUUUGUCUAGGGACGCAAUGGCACUGUCCCCUCCAGAUUUCAUUCGGGGUUGCGAAGUGCUGGAAAGGGCUUUGAAGCUCUUGCAGGAGGAAGGGGCUAGUAGCCUUGCACCUGAUCUACAAGCACAAAUUGAUGAAACAUUGGAAGAGAUCACCCCCCGUUGUGUUUUAGAGCUUCUAGCCUUAUCCCUGAAUGAUGAAAAUCGAUCCAGAAGGGAAGAGGGCCUCCGUGGUGUGCGCAACAUUUUGUGGGCAGUUGGAGGAGGGGGAGCAGCUGCAAUUGCAGGGGGAUUCUCCCGAGAAAAUUUCAUGAAUGAAGCCUUCUUACAUAUGACAGCAGAUGAGCAGGUUGAUCUAUUCGCAGCUACACCCAGUAAUAUCCCAGCUGAAAGUUUUGAAGUCUAUGGAGUGGCACUUGCACUUGUUGCCAGAGCAUUUGUUGCUAAAAAACCUCACCUCAUCCAAGAUGCUAAUAACCUAUUCCAACAACUACAGCAGACUAAGGUAACAACUUUAGGAAACUCUUUGAAUGUUUAUGCACCCAAAGAAAGCCGUGAGAUAGACUUCGCUCUAGAGAGAGGCCUCUGCUCUCUGCUUGUGGGAGAGCUUGAUGAAUGUCGCUCUUGGUUGGGUUUAGACAGUAAUAAUUCACCAUACAGAAAUCCAUCUAUUGUAGACUUUGUCUUGGAAAAUUCAAAAGAUGAUGAUGGCAGCGAUCUCCCUGGGCUUUGUAAGCUGCUGGAGACAUGGCUAAUGGAGGUAGUGUUCCCCAGAUUUAGGGACACUAAAGAUAUACAGUUCAAGCUUGGAGAUUACUAUGAUGAUCCUACAGUCCUUAGAUAUUUAGAAAGGCUAGAUGGAGCUAAUGGGUCACCUUUAGCUGCAGCAGCAGCGAUAGUUAGGAUUGGGGCAGAGGCUACUGCAGUUCUUGAUCAUGUGAAGUCAAGUGCGCUUCACACAUUGCAGAAGGUGUUUCCCCUGGGUCACAAAGACAAGAGCUUAACAGAUCAAGAGGAUGAUGGUGAGAUGAAUCAUUCUCUUCUCCCUGCAGAAAAUGAAGACCCUCUUGAAGAUGACUCUGCCAAUGUUCCUGAACUUUAUGGACAUGAAAGGUCUGAUGAAGCUCGGGAAGUGGUAGUAAUUACUGACAACAUCAAGGAUACAAGCAUUAAGAUCAUGUGUGCUGGUGUGGUGAUUGGAGUGAUGACUCUGGUUGGCUUGAGGUACAUACCUUCUAGGAGCAGUACUAUUCGGAAAGAACUUGGUUUGGUGACAGCAUCUGAUGCAAUCAGUUUAGGAAUGUCGGGAGAUAAAGAAGCUGUAGAUGAAUUACCCAAAAUGGAUGCGAGAAUUGCUGAAGGUUUGGUUCGCAAAUGGCAGAAUAUUAAAUCUCAAGCUUUUGGGCCUGAUCAUUGUAUAGACAAAUUGGCAGAGGUUUUGGACGGUGGGAUGUUGAAGAUAUGGACAGAUCGUGCGGUUGAGAUUGCUCAACUUGGCUGGUUCUAUGAUUACUCUUUGAAAAACGUGAGUGUUGAUAGCGUAACAGUGUCACUAGAUGGACAGCGCGCUGUGGUGGAAGCAACCAUUGAAGAGUUCACACAGUUGACUGAUAUUCUCCACCCGGAGCACAAUGACUCAAACAGCAGAACUUACACAACGAGAUACGAAAUGUCUUGUUCCAGUUCAGGUUGGAAAAUUACUGAAGGAGCUGUCCUUGAAUCAAAUUCCAUUGUGUAAAAAUUUCACACCACGCGUGUAUAUGCAAUCUUAUCUUACUGAUCUUGUUUAUUGCAUUAUGUUCUAUUCUAAUGCAUUCUUGAUUUUCUAUCCAAGAUGUCAUUUUCUCAGCUUUUAGUAUUCUUUUUGCUAUAAACUAUGUGCACCAACAAAAACAUAAAAAUGGAAAGUUUUGUAAAAUAAAUUUAUAUAUAUACACAUAUGUAUUGUAUACUCA